GCGGUGCCCCCAAAUUUUUGCGCUCGUCUGCAUUCCGUCGCCGCGCCUGCCGCCACUGGAGAGACAUACUUGCAUCAUGCAAAGGACAAAAGCCUCUUUUAUCCGUCACUCGAGGGAAAAAAAAUCUUAACAUUUUUAAAUCCCGCUUUUUUACAAUUUGUGCCGACCACUCAGAGCCCGGGGGGUUAAACAUCAUCAGCCGUUGCCCCAAGCUUUACGCAUGACUUGCCAGUACGUGCCAUCUUUAACCAUUCUCGUGCCAAAUCGAUCUGACGCACGGAAAAUAACCAAAAUAACGACUAAAACACAGGAUUUUUUUUUACAUCUUAUUUUAAAGAAAGUGAAUCUUAAAAUGGGAGGUGUCUGGAUCUUGGUUGCGUUGACUUGGAAUAAAAGGUGCUUCGCCUCCCUCCUGCCAGUCCUGCAUGGUCAUGACCUGUCAUAACGCCCCUUCCCCAGCUCGCCUCAUCCUAUUGGUCCUGCUCAUUGUCACUCCACAGCUAGCCGGCUCCGCCCCGGCAUGGGGCGAGCAAGGGGAGGGAGGAGGAGUGCAGGGGCGUACACGGACAGACCACAAAGAGGACAGUCUGGGCCCCCUCCUCUCGCUUCCCCAGCCCCAGAUUUUCCCUGGCACAGACGACGCAUCGCAAGAUCGGGGUCGUGGUCCAGGUCAAGAUAACCAAUUAGAUAAAUUGAGUGACCCCGAGCAGCUGCUUGCUGUUCUUUUGGAGUCUCUGGACCACCCGGGGGAUGGCGAAAUUCUUGCCAGCAGAAGCAGAGACUGGGAGGAAGAGGAUCAGAGUCGGAAGCUGCCCUCCGCUGAAAGCAUGCAGGGUGGUGAGAUAAGAGGAGCAGAGCAGACAGAAGGGGAGAGGGGGAAGCAAGAGGACAAUGAGAAGCAAAAAGCUGAUAAGGCAAUUGAAAAGGUAAUUUUAGGCCAUUUGGCAGCUGUUCAGGGGGAUGAAAUUAAGGAAAAGGAGGAAGAGGAGGCCAAAACCUUAAGAUCAAGGGAGGAUCAAAGGGCAACUGAUGAAGAAAGGAGCAAUGAAGAAGAGGAGCAAGAGGAGGGAAAUAAUUUAGAAAAACUCAUAGACAAAGCCAAAUCUUCAUCCACUUUAGAGGGGAAUGAUCCCUCGUUGGAGCGCAAAAUCCGUGGCUACUUCCAAAACAUAGACUUGGGUCUGCAAGACAAUGAAAUCCUGCCUCCUCUGAAGGGCUACAAGGCGUACAACACUCAGCUCGCACGAGCUGGGAAGAAACAGCACUGGCAGGACAACAUGUCUCGCAAUAGACCUGUCAAAGGGGGGAACUUUAUGGAUGACUUCGAAGAUGGAGGCGAGGAGCUGGAGGAGGAGAUUGAAGAGGAAGAGGAGAGCCUCUCCCACAUGGAGGAGGAGGCGAGGGCGCGUGCGGAGAAGCAGGAGGUUCUCCGGCAGCAGGAGGAGGCGGAGAGAGCCAGGGAGGAAGAGCAGAGGUUGGCGGACAUCGCCUCUGACAUGCUGCUGCAGUACAUGGGCAAGAAGCAGCAGCCCUUCAUGAAGCCACGACAGAAGAGCAGCAACACCGCUGAGGACAAGAGGUCAGAGGAGGUUCUCCCUGACGAAGACGACCUGGACCAGCAGAUGAUUGAUAGGCUGAUUGAGAUCAGCAGCAAGCUCCAUUUGCCCGCCGACGAUGUAAUCGAGAUCAUAAGCGACGUGGAGGAGAAAAAGAAGAAAAGGAAAGAGUUGCAGCAGCAGCCCUUAAACAGCAAUCCGGUUGUUCCACGCUUCAGGCCUCUGGUGCCCCCUCCUCUCGCCACCCCACCCAUUUACCACUACACAGCCUCAAAAAAUCCUAAGAAAGCUCCUUAUAAGCACAAUAAAUCCAAUAAGAAAUGGCACAAGGACAAAGUCAAGUCAUACAAGCAGGACUAUUGGUAUAAGCCUCAGAAGCAGCUUGACUACUGGUAUAAACCCCAGAAACAGUUUUUAGCCUUCCCCUCCUACCCCUACUACCAAAAGCCAUAUCGAGCCUACUACCCAGUUUACUUCCCAUAUCCUAAGGCACAGUACUAUGGCAAGUCCUCCCCCUCCCGAGACCAGCCCUUCGGCCCCCAAGAACUUGAUCUCCAGCACUCGAGGCGCAGGCACAGGGGUCGGGGUAAGAACCGGGCCGGACAGGGCUGGAGGCAGCAGCCGCAACCACGCCUGCCUCUCACACCUUAUAUCUCUAACUAUAUCCUGCCUCACCCACGGACCUACCAGCCUUUGCCCCCUCCCAAACCGGUGAUCGCGCCCAGGAGGGGCAGACGACCACCAUAUAACUACCCACAGGUCACUCCAGGAGAUGACUAUGAGGAAGAUGGGCUGGUACCUCAGCUGGACAGUGAGGAGGAGCUAGAGAACUUUAUCGAGAGGAUCUACAUGAAGCGCAGAAUGUAUUGAGGGACUCUUUUGGACACUGUCAGAUCAGGGGGACUGAAGGAGGGCUAGAUUUGAAGAAAAUUAGCGAAAAUUAGAGAAAAGUUAAAAAAGAAGUGAAAUGAAAUAAGGAACUCAGAGGAGACAUGUUUUGAGACUGUGGUCAUUUUAAAGAGUUGGGACAUGAAAAAUGUUAGAUUUCUGUUGUUCUUCACUGUAAUUUUAUUAAUUUUUUUGUCAGCGUCCGGAUGAGGAGGUCCCUCUUUAAACUCCCUGUAACCAUGUUCAGCCUCUUGAUGGGUUUACAUUUUAAACCAGAACAUACUGCAGUGUAUGUCUGCCUCCAUUCAGGUCAAUCUUUGAUGCUCUCUUGUAUAUUUCAGAGAAUUAUAGAGCGCGCAAAAACACAGAUUCACAUUCGCACAGAGGCAUGCAUACACAUGCACCUAUGACACUUUUUACGUGCACACUUUAAAACAUAUGUUUACAACAUCACUUUGUAUAUUUUGUUGUAUAUUAAUAUCAUAUUGCAAAGGAAAACAGACCAAUGAUUUCCUGGCGAUACAAAAAAUGAAAUUGAAAGUAUAUUUUUGUUGUAUUGGAUGUGUUUAGAUGCCUUUCUUAUGCCAAAUUGGAUUAACUUUAAACAGCUGUACACAUUUCAGUGCAAAUUAAAGAUUCAGAUUAUUUGCCUUACCAGUGCCAUGGUUCUAUAAGGGAUCUAUCACAUUGCAUAUGACUUUUAUCACGAGUGAUCCCGAUAUAGAAACCCUGUGGACUCCAAAAGCACAAACUUAAACAGUAAACACUUCCAACAUGGUGGACCAGGGGUUUUUAACUAUUCUGGGAUCCAGUUUUGUUUGUGUCCACACAUAGGGUAGUUUUAUGUAUGCCUUACAUUUCCGUUGUUUUCAUCUGAAGCCCUUUUACUUCUUGUGUACAUUUUUGUUUCUUCACCUUCUCUUAAAUUCCUUUUCUUUUUUAAAAAUACUUGAAAUCACACUAUGUGUUUUGCAGCCUUUUAUUACAAAUGUUUCCACCAAGAGGCUACAAGAAUUUUGGUCAUUUUCAGGAGAUAUUCAUCGAAAAGCUUCAGUCCAGGGAGUCAGGGAUUGUGCGUAAGCCGUUAAAUGCACGUCUUUCUACUUGCAUCUUAAAAAAUGAAUAAAAAAAAUGAACAAAAAAAGAGGAAAAAAACAAAACAGUAUGGAGAAUACAAAAAUGUUUGUUUUCUCUGAAUAAACUGUGAACCUAAAAAAAAGAAAAAUCAAAGGAAAGAGGGCCACUGUAUGCACAGUGAAGCCAUCUGUCUUGUAAAAGGAGAGUGUUGUUGUUGAUGUCACCUUUAGCAUUGUAAGAUGUACAGUGUGAAAUAAAUAUGCCCGUGCAAUGUGUAAAUAACAGCAUGAUGAUUAAUAGUUUUGCUAUAUGAUAAAAAAAUAAAAGCAAUUAUUUUAUUAAA